CGGCGCGCAGCACCGGCGGCCGCGCGGGAGGUUCGGAGCGGCGGGUUGGUGCAGCGGGAGCGGGCGCCAUGGGAGACCCCGAGCGCGAGCUGGGGGGCGGCCAGGACGACUUCUACAGCCAGUUUGCGGCCGAGCUCGAGGUGCUGGCCGAGCUGGAAGGGACAGCCGCCCUGUCGCCCUCCAGGGGUCCCUGGCCCGCAGUGUGUGGGUCCCGGCUGACAUUCGAGGAGGAGGCCGUUGCUGGAGGGGACGCUGCCACUCAUUGCUUUCCAGGCGGACCUCCAGGGAACCACAAAGGCAGUGCCAGGAAGAGGCAGCUGGCCGAUCAUGACCCCAGGGACGGGGCUUUGCCCCCCACCCCCAGGGUCAAACGGCUCAGGCUGGAAGUCGUGAAGAAGCUGAACUUCAGACCUGAGCAAAUGGAAGAGCCGCCCCUUCCUGACUCGCCUGCUGGGGACAUCACCCCCCCACCGAGUCCGGAGAUCCCCCCUGAACUGUGGGGCAAAGGGCCCUUGGAUGCUGGUGCUGACGUGGGUCCCCUUCAGGCCUCUCCAGCAGCUCGAAAUCCUGUCCUGAGGCGGCCCCCUGUCCUGGAGGACUAUGUCAGUGUGACCUCCACUAGUGGCUGCCGGGCUUUUCUGGUGCUGCGGGGUGACCCCGUGGGCACAGGGGUGCAGAACCCUUUCCUUGAUAUCUGGUGGCGAGGCCGUGGCCAGCUGGACCUGUUGGGUGUGUCCUUCGCGUCCCUGAAGGAGCAGGUCGACAGCGAGCGGAGGCAGCAACUGCUUGAGGAGGCCCGUCAGCUCUCAGACACGCUUCGCAGCCUCAGCUCUGAGGAGGUGGGAGAGGAGGUCCAGACUUCGGGGGCCCCUGAGGAAGAGCUGGCUGACGGCCAAGACGACUCCCAGCACUGCCUCUGGGUGGAUGAGUUCGCGCCGCGGUGCUACACGGAGCUUCUUAGCGAUGACUUCACUAACCGCUGCCUCCUCAAGUGGCUGAAGCUGUGGGACCUGGUGGUGUUCGGCCGAGAGAGGCCUGCUAGGAGGCCCAGACCCGGUCUAGAGCUGGCCCGCGGUGGCAAGGAGGCCACGACUUCCAGCAAAUGGAAAAGCCACGAGCAGGUGCUAGAGGACAUGCUAGAGGCUGACCUGGACCCGAGCCGGCGGCCCCGGCAGAAGGUGGCACUGCUGUGUGGCCCCCCGGGGCUGGGCAAGACCACCCUGGCUCACGUAAUUGCGCGGCAAGCUGGUUACUGCGUGGUGGAGUUGAAUGCGAGUGACGACCGCAGCCCUGAGGCCUUCCGCACGUGCAUCGAGGCGGCCACGCAGAUGGAGUCGGUGCUGGGUGCUGGCGGGAAACCCAACUGUCUGGUCAUCGAUGAGAUCGACGGGGCCCCCGUGGCCGCUGUCAACGUUCUUCUGAGCAUCCUGGAUCGCAAGGGCCCGCAAGAAGCAGAGUCUGGGGGUCCGGCUGUUCCCACAAGUGGGGGACGGCGACGCCGGGCUGAGGGGGGACUCCUGAUGAGGCCCGUCAUCUGUAUUUGCAAUGACCAGUUUGUGCCCUCCUUGCGGCAGCUGAGGCAGCAGGCCUUUCUUCUCCACUUUCCGCCCACACUGUCUUCCAGGCUCGUGCAGCGGCUACAAGAGAUCUCCCUGCGGCGGGGCAUGCAGGCCGACCCGGGUGCGCUGGCGGCUCUCUGUGAGAAGACAGACAACGACAUCCGCGCCUGCAUCAACACCCUGCAGUUCCUGCACGGGCGGGGCCGGCGGCAGCUGAGCGUGCAGGUCGUGCAGACCACUCGCGUGGGUCUCAAGGACCAGCGCAAGGGGCUCUUCUCCGUGUGGCAGGAGGUCUUCCAGCUGCCCCGGGCCCAGAGGCAACGCUGGGGCCAGAACCUGGCCCUGAUCCCGCACACGCUCCUGCUUGGCGAUGGGCCCACAGGUCUGGGGCCCCGUCCUGCCGAGGUGCCUUUGACCAUGGCUUCCCAGCGGUUCUACCACAUCCUGCACGUGGCUGCGUCUGCAGGCGAGCAUGAGAAGGUGGUCCAGGGCCUGUUUGACAACUUCCUGCGCCUGCGGCUUCGGGACUCCAGCCUGGGUACCGUGUGCGCGGCGCUCGACUGGCUGGCCUUUGACGACCUGCUGAGCCGGGCCGCCCACCACGGCCAGAGCUUCCGGUUGCUGCGCUACCUGCCCUUCCUGCCGGCAGCCUUCCACCUGCUCUUCGCCUCUAGCCACGUGCCGAGGAUCGCCUUCCCCAGCAGCCAGCAGGAGGCCCAGAACCGGACAAGCAAGACACAGAACCUCAUCCAGACGCUGGUGUCAGGCCUGACGCCCGCUACCCGCAGCCGGGCUGCACCUCAGGCCCUCGUCCUGGAUGUCCUCUGCCUGCUUCUGGACAUCCUUGCGCCCAAGCUGCGCCCUGUGAGCACACAGCUGUACAGCACUCGUGAGAAACAGCAGCUGGCCGGCCUUGUGGGAACCAUGCUUGCCUACAGCCUAACCUACCGCCAGGAGCGCGUGCCCGACGGGCACUAUGUCUACAGGCUAGAGCCGAAUGUGGAGGAGGUCUGCCGCUUUCCUGAGCUGCCGGCCCGCAAGCCCCUCACCUACCAGGCCAAGCAGCUCAUCGCCCACGAGAUUGAAAUGGAGAAGAUGCGGCGGGCAGAGGCCUUGGCCCGGGCUGGGGACAGCCACCAGGCAGAGGAGGGUCCCCAGGGGGUUGCUGGGGAGAAAGGGACGCAGCCACCUGCCUCACGCAGCCACGAGGAGCAGCGGCUGGAGCGCAUCCUGAAGAGAGCGGCCCUGGAGGAACAGCCCGAGAGAGACUUCUUUGGUCGUGUGGUCAUCAAGAGAGCGCCAGCCCUGAAUGCAGGAGAUGUGGCCCCGGACACAGAUGCGACCGAGUGGCGCAUAGGCACAGCGGUGGGCAGGAGUGACGUCUGGUUUCGCUUCAAGGAGGGCGUCUCCAAUGCCGUGCGGCGCAGCUUGUACAUCCGGGACCUGCUGUAGCGGGCCUGCGCCGGACACCUCGACCCGUGCCGGGUGCCCUGGACCCCUCACCGGACGCCCCAGGAUCUACGCUGGAUACCCUGGGGCUGUGCGGGACACCUUGACUCGUGCCGGGUGCCCUGGAGCCCUCACCGGACGCCCCAGGAUCUACGCUGGAUACCCUGGGGCUGUGCGGGACACCUCGACCCGUGCCGGGUGCCCUGGACCCCCCACCGGACGCCCCAGGGCCCAGGCUUGAUGCUGUGCUGUUGCUUUUCCUCCAUCAGAAAACGUACAAAAGCA